AUGAAUCUCUUCAGAGGGAUCGCCAGUGAGUCGACCCUCAGGAAAAAUUUCUUCAAGGGCGUGAUCAUGAGAAUCGAGUCCAUGAUUGAGGACUAUAUGCCCCCUCAACAAUUCGGUUUCAGACGAAACCUCGGAACGCAAGACGCUCUUCACGUGGUAAUCGAGAUCGAGAGAAGCCUUGCCACGGAGGGGCAGACAUUCGCCAUCCUGAUAGACUGCCAAAAAGCCUCUGAUCUCGCUCCAAGACAAGGAAUGGUGGGUGCCUUCAAGAGAGCGGGAGUCAACGGGCAGCUACUCAAAGUCAUUGAGAGCUUCUACCAUGAAGACUCACUCGAAGUCAGCAUCGGGAGAGGAGUCAGCGUUGACAUACAACAGAAUCGCGGAACGCCCCAAGACGAUCCGUUGAGCUGCACAGGGUUCUCGCUUCUCCUCGCAGAGCUCCCAGCGGAAGUCAUCGAGCAGUGUAGAACAGGAACGAUUGCAAUGUUCGCCGACGACAUCAUCAUCCUGCACCGACACAGAGGCCAGCUACAGACGAUGCUCGACGUAGUUAGCGACCAUCUCGAGGAACGGAGGCGCCGGAACCCCAUCCAUGGGAACAAGAUCAACUCCCCCCUCAAGGGAGGUCAUCUCCAGUUGAACCCUCAGACCAGGUCGACCCUGAACCUCACACGUCAGGACCACCGGCAAUGGAUCCAAGCCUCAGAGGCCUUCAUAGAGUCCUCACCCAAUACAACUCCAGAGGUUCGCGGAUCAUUCGUCGAAACCGAGAGCAUGAUCAGCAAAUCACUGCCAUAUCUCAAGGAGCUAGGAAUCUCAAUCGUGGCCGAGAUCAAAACGUCGACGGAGUCCACGUUCGACACGAUCCAAGAUCCCCCACCGGCUACCGCUCCACCGAUCACAGCGAACGCUCAAGUUCCAGUGCGAACACUCAGCGCCCAAGCAGAGGGUGGUCCUUGGUGUACCUCGACCCAAAUCGAAGAAGCCCGAGGGGCGCAAUCAGGGCAUCCGACACGACCUCCGGACUCUCCUCACGUAUCGCACAUAGCACAAAUGCCCCUCCGGGGCUGA